AUGGGCUUCAAUACCGCCGGUAAGACCCUACAACAUGCCCAUUCGACUCCUCUUCACGUGGACACAGAGGUUGUGCAGCAUCUCACAAUGACUCGCUGCCUUACGCACACUGGUGUACGAUAUACGACUAAUUUCCCUUUCGCAAUGCGGCCCGAUGCAGCGUUGAACGCAAUAAAGCCGGCGACUAUUCGACCCAACGGCGCGCGUACGGAUGGAAAUCUCACCGAGAUGAGUGACCGCAUCGAGUUGAAGCUCCCCGCAGACAAAGUAUCUGAGAUCAUGACACUGUCAGCAGAUUCUCUAGCUCAGGCUGCCGAAGCAGCGGCCAACAAUGGUGUCAGCGACGGCAACAAGAAGCGGCCUUACCUUCUCUUCUGCGCGGCACCAGCAACAGGACACACCUAUCCCCUUCUUCAGGUUGCUGAUGAGAUGAUCCAACGCGGUUUCGAAGGCACAUUCAUCGCCGGCGAAGAAUUCCACCCUCAAGUCAAGCGCAUCGGUGCCCAGCAUGUUAGCAUUCCGCCCAUGUUGAACCCCGAGGAGCAAGCCAUUCGCGAAAAGAUUCCUGUUGGCAUACCCCGCCUGAUGUACGACCUAAGCAACGUCUUCAUCAAGGCUGUGACGCCUCACUUCCAUGUCCUGAUGGAAACCCUCGAGAAGAUCCGUGUCGAGCAUCCCGACAAGCAAGUCGUCAUUGUCCACGAGACGUUCUACAUGGGUCUUGCCCCUAUGAUGUACGGCACGCCUCUACCUAAGGGCUACACCACGAGACCGCCCGUCGUCGACAUCAACAUUAUCCCCGUCGUGACCACGAGCAUUGACACUGCGCCUUUCGGACCCGGUCUCCCCCCCGACUCGACCGAGUCCGGCCGCGGGCGGAACAAGCUCCUCAAUGAGAUGUUCUUUAGCCCGAUGGGCCCCUUUGGUGCGGCAGCAAAGGAGUACAACGACGUCGUCAAGGCCCUCGGCGGUACGCGCGAGCUGCCGCCAGCCUUGUUCGAAUCAUGGCAAACCAGCUACGACGUUACCCUGCAAAUGUGCUCGCCCAGCCUCGAGUACCCCAGAUCGGAUCUCCCCGAUGUCAUCAAGUACGCGGGAUGUUUACCGCCCAAGCCCAUCGACCCGAACUACAAGUACCCAGAAUGGUGGGGUGAAAUCACAGCCGGAAACAAGAAGGUUGUGGGAGUUGCUCAGGGUACCAUCGCUAUCAAUUACACGGAUCUCAUCAUCCCUACGAUACAAGGUCUGGCUCACCGCGAUGAUAUCAUUCUCGUUGCCAUCUUGGGUGUCAAGGGUGCGACACUUCCCGAAGAGCUCACGAUUCCGGCCAACACCAAGGUCGUCGACUUCCUCUCGUACGACGCCCUGCUCAAGCACGCAGAUGUUUGGGUCCUGAAUGCUGGCUAUGGAGGCUUCCUGCACGGAAUAGUGAAUGGGGUACCUAUGGUGCUCGGAGGCGAUACAGAAGACAAGCCGGAGAUUUCCAUGCGUGGGCAAUGGACGGGUGUAGCUGUUAAUCUCAAGACUGGUCGCCCAACGUCGCAACAAGUUGCAGAGGGAGUAGAGGAGGUGCUUGCCAACGACAAGUACAAGAAGCGGGUGAUGGAGAUCAAGAAGGAGAACGAGGAUAUGAGGGCCCUCGAUUUUAUAGAGAAGCAUAUCUGGGAGUACGCAGACUCGGCAUAA